GCGGUGUCGGGGGCGGUCAUCUCGGAGGUGGCGACCUGCUACUCGAGCUUGCAGCACGACGUCGAGUUCAGCGGCGCUGAGGUUGGCCGCGUCCCCAGCUCCUCCGCCAACGGGUGCUGCUCCAUCUGCGCCCAGGUGAACGGCUGCAAUGCCUUCACGUGGACCGACUACAAGCGCGGCACGUGCUGGCUCAAGAGCGGCGAGGGAACGUCAAAGUCGACCCUCGGCGCAACCUCAGGAAUCGUC